AUGAGCGCCGUCAACUCCCGCCCGACCCCCGAGUCGCUCCAACCCAAGGACCUCGCCCAGGAGCGCCAGCAGUGCUCAUUUUCCAUCGACGCCCUCUCCUGCCUCGUCCCCGGCGGACGCCAGCACCGCGACCACGCGAGAUGGCUCCUCUCGCUCCUCAAGGACGACCCGGACAAGACGUUUGACAAGGAGCGCCGCGUCUUUCAGUCGCGCAACGCCCGCUUCUUCAACGGCCAAAAGGUCGCCCUCCGCUACUUUGAGAUCCGCAACCGCCACGGCCUCGACAAAAAGGAUGCAGACGCCCUCCGCCUCCUCACCGACGAGUACCUCCCCGUACAGGUCAGCGAGAGCAUGUUCCAGCCCACCCUCAUGCGACAGGCCAGCGAGCAGCAGUGGCAAGAAUGGGGGCCCAUGGUCCGAAGCGGAAGGUGGCUCGGCUGCUACAUGCAGACAGAACUCGCCCACGGCUCCAACCUCUCGGCCCUCCGCACCACCGCCACCCUCGACACCGCCACCGACGAGUGGGUCAUCCAUACGCCCGAACCCUCGGCGGGCAAGACGUGGAUCGGAGGCAGCGGCCUCACCGCCACCCACGGCGUCGUCAUGGCCAACCUCGUCAUUGCAGGCAAGCCCUACGGGAUGCACCCGCUCCUCGUCCCCCUCCGCUCCCUCGAGGACCACACGCUGCUCCCGGGAAGGCAGGCCAUCGACAUGGGCCCCAAGCAGGGCGCGCCGGCCAUGGACAACGGCUACGUCUGCUUCGACUCGGUCCGCGUACCGCGCACAAACCUCCUCUCGCGCUUCCAGACCGUGUCUCGGGAGGGCAAGUACGAGCCGCGCAACGCCCAGGCAAAGACCCUGACCCGAGGCACCAUGACAUUGGUACGCGUCGGCCUGUGCGAGAUCGCGUCGCACCACCUCGCCCGCGCCUGCACCAUCGCUGUGCGCUACGCCGUCGUCCGGCGCCAAGGCUCCUCGAGCACGCCCGGCUCGCAGCUGGAGCCCAAGAUUCUAGACUACUCGGGCGUCCAGCAGCGCGUCUUGACCGCCGUCGCAUCGGCCUACGCCCUCACCUUUGCUUCGCAGCACCUGCGCGGCAUCUACGAGCGCAUGAUGUCUGAGCUCGAGGCCAAGGGAUCCUCGCCGCUGCUGCCCAUCGUCCACGGCUACUCGAGCGUGCUCAAGGCCGCCGUUACCAACGAGUCGCUCGCCGCAAUCGAGCGCUGCCGCCGGUCGAUGGGCGGACACGGUUUCAGCCAAGCCUCGGGCUUCGACUUUGAGCGCAACCAGCCCAACGCCGGGCUCAUUUACGAGGGCGAGAACUCGAUGCUGCUCGCCGGCCCGGCCGCCAACUUCCUCGUCAAGCAGCUCGCCGAGGCGCGCAAGGCCGGAACGGGAACGCGCAUGCCAGAGCUCGUCUACCUCGACCUCGUCGUCGAGGACAAGCUGGACCGCGCGCUGCAGCGAGGCCGGCAGUAUGACGAGAUUGACCUUUCGACGCCCGAAAAGCUCCUCGACAUUCUCGGGUGCCGUGCCGCCAAGCUCGUCUCCGAGCUCGACAAGCUGCGAAGCAGCACAAUCCCCGCGCUUUCGAAAGGUCGCAGCGGCGAUGGCGCGAAGUCGCACAUGCUGACUGACCUGUCGACACGCGCCUCGCUCGCCCACGCCGCCUACUUGAUCAGCCACUCGUUCUACCUCUUGACCAACCGGCUCGUCUCGCAGCACCUGCACAACCUCUCGUCGCAGUACGGCGCGACCAUCACCCAGGCGCACCGGACGGCGCUCGAAGACGUGCUCGUGUUCUACCUGCUGCAGAACUGCCUCCUCUCCCCUUCGGGGCUAGUCGAUCUCCUCGAGUACGACAUCCUGACGCCGGCGCAGGUUCAGACUUGUCGGGCAAUCGCGGCCACUUUGAUGUCUGGUCCGAUCAGGCGUGACGCCGUCGGACUGGUCGAGGCCUUCGACAUGGACGAUUGGUACCUCUGCUCUCCGCUCGGGUCGAGCGACGGUAGAGCGUACGAAAGGAUGAUCGAAUGGAUGAAGAGGGAGCCGCUCAACCAGUCGGGCGAGGAUGGCGGCAGGGAGCAGAAUGGGGCCAUGAAGGGGUACCGCGACGGCGUCGGUCGACUGAUCCGGGGUGAGGCGGUCCAAUUUGCUCAAAAGUCGAAGCUCUAA